UGUUCAAAAUGGCGGAACAGAAUUUUUCGGUGUACACCAGUGCAUCCCUUCCUUUGAUCGGGAUAACGUUUAUAUUUGCGACACUUGUCGCAUAUGCGUUGCAUUAUUUCAAAACUAAACGUCACUUUGAUAAGAUGGCUGGGCCUCCAGCGUUGCCGCUGGUGGGAAACACGCAUCAAUUCGCAGUUGGAGGCGCAGAUUUCUAUGAGCAGAUAAUGAAAUAUAGUAAAGAUUAUGAAGAACAUGGGAUAAUCCGUGUGUGGCUUGGAGAAUCACCAAGGGUCAUCCUUUUUCAUGCCGAUACUGUAGAGGAACUUUUUAACAGUACAAAGCAUUCUGAGAAAUCUAGUGAUUACAGAUUUCUUGUACCCUGGCUAGGGACAGGCCUACUAAUAAGUAAAGGAGAAAAGUGGCAUACAAGAAGGAAGAUGUUGACUCCAGCUUUUCAUUUCAAGAUUCUGAACAAUUUUCUUAAUGUGAUGUGUGAGCAGGCAGACAUUAUGGUCAACAAGAUGGCAAAACACACAGGAGGAUCUGCCUUUGAUGUAUUUCCCUACAUCACUCAUUGUGCAUUGGAUAUCAUUUGUGAGACGGCUAUGGGGCAGACAGUUAAUGCCCAGCAGGACAGUGAUUCUGACUAUGUCAAGGCAGUCUACAGGCUUUGUUAUCUAGUGUCCGAGAGGCAGAAGCAACCAUGGUUUUGGCCCAGCCUCAUUUAUGACAUAUUUGGUGAUGGAAAAGAAACCAAAGAAUGUCUACGAGUGCUUCAUAAUUUUACUAAUAAGGUUAUUGCUGAACGAAAGGAACAGUUUCAAAAAUCCCUCAUCCAAGACAGGAAGAAAACGCUGGAACAGUACAGUGAGGGAGGUGAAGAACAUUUGUCGAUAGGUGGACGUAAAAAGUUAGCAUUGCUUGACAUGUUGCUUCACAGCUCAGAGACUGAGACUCCUCUUACAGAUGAAGAUAUUAGGGAGGAAGUGGAUACAUUCAUGUUUGAGGGCCAUGAUACCACAGCAGCAGGGGUGACCUGGGCCAGUUAUUUUAUUGGCGCUUACCCAGAAGUUCAGCAAAAGCUCCAUGAAGAGAUGGACAGCAUAUUUGGUGACAGCGACAGAAGAGCUACACCACAAGAUAUUGCACAAAUGAAGUACUUGGAAUGUGUGAUUAAGGAAGCCUUACGCAUAUACCCAUCAGUGCCUUUUCAUGCCAGAACCUUCACUGAGGAUUGUGAGAUCAAAGGUUUCAAGAUUCCAAAGGGAACUGAAGGUAUUAUUCUUGUGACAGCUCUACAUCGGGAUGCCAAGUAUUUCCCUGAUCCUGAAAAGUUUGAUCCUGAUCGAUUCCUGACUGAAAACACGCGUAAGAGACACCCGUACAGUUACACUCCCUUUUCCGCAGGAAUGAGGAACUGCAUUGGCCAAAAAUUUGCCAUAAUGGAAGAGAAAGUCAUGCUGUCUGCCAUGUUAAGAAAAUUCAACAUGACAUCAACCCAAAAACGUGAAGAACUUCGCCCAGUGAGUGAAAUCAUCCUGCGUCCUGAGCAUGGGAUUUGGAUAAAGUUGACCCCAAGAAAUGAAGAAUGAAAAAUGACAUGCCAGCAUAUUUUAUAUCUUAGAAAGGAAUUUGAUCAGGCAUAGUUGAUAAGGUGCAUUCAGACACCAAAUCAGAUUAGAUGUGAGCACCAAACUUGACCAUUAAUCUUAUUGUCUGGUUAUUUAAGACAACUGGUUUAGAUUUAUUUUUGUC